AUGCGAAUGCGAGAACGGGUAGUGCCCACAUGGCUUGUCACCGGCGGCGCCGGAUUCAUCGGCGGCAACUUCGUGCUGGAAGCGGUCGCACGUGGCAUCAAGGUGAUCAAUCUUGACGCCCUCACCUAUGCCGGCAACCUGAAGACCCUGUCCAGCCUGGACAGCGACGCCAACCACGUCUUCGUGCAGGGUGAUAUCGGUGAUCGCGACCUGGUUGCCCGCCUGCUGGCCGAGCACCGGCCCGACGCGGUGCUCAACUUCGCUGCGGAAAGCCACGUGGAUCGUUCCAUCGACGGUCCCGGCGCAUUCAUCCAGACCAACGUGGUGGGCACCCUGGGCCUGCUGGAAGCGGUGCGUGACUACUGGAAGGGACUGCCGGCCGACGAGGCCGCUGCAUUCCGCUUCCUGCACGUGUCCACCGACGAGGUGUAUGGCACGCUGGGCGAGACUGGCAAGUUCAGUGAAACCACCCCGUAUGCGCCCAAUUCGCCGUACUCGGCGUCCAAGGCCGCAUCGGAUCACCUGGUGCGUGCGUUCCAUCACACCUACGGGCUGCCGGUGCUGACCACCAAUUGCUCCAACAACUACGGCCCCUAUCAUUUCCCGGAAAAGCUCAUUCCGCUGGUGAUCGCCAAGGCGCUGGCCGGCGAACCGCUUCCGGUGUACGGCGAUGGCAGGCAGGUGCGUGACUGGCUGUUCGUCACCGAUCAUUGCGAAGCGAUCCGCACGGUGCUGGCCAAGGGGCAGGUCGGCGAGACCUACAACGUCGGUGGCAAUUCGGAGAAGCAGAACAUCGAAGUGGUGCAGGCGAUCUGCGCGCUGCUCGAUGCACGCCGCCCGCGCGACGAUGGCCAGCCGCGCAGCAGCCAGAUCACCUACGUGGCCGACCGUCCGGGGCACGACCGCCGCUAUGCGAUCGACGCCUCCAAGCUGAAGAACGACCUCGGCUGGGAGCCGGCCUACACCUUCGAGCAGGGCAUCACCUUCACCGUUGACUGGUACCUGGACAACCAGGAGUGGGUGAACGGCGUGCUGGAUGGCAGCUACCGCCUGCAGCGCAUUGGCACCUCUGCCUGA